AUGACCCGCCGGAUAUUCAAGGACGACACUUUCAGGAUCAAAAUGAGACCAAUCAUCAAAGAUCCGAUGGUUUUCUUGAAUGUGGCCCGGAUCCUCGACUUGAAAAAACGUUUCUAUCCCUUGCCUGUGGAUUUCAAAAGUUGUCAAGAGCUCCUGGAGGCGGCCGAGAAAGGGAACUUGGCCGAGUUUCAACGGCUCCUCGCAGCUGAUGAGCGCCGUCUGCAGUUCAGAGAUUCACAAGGGAGACAGGCUGUUCACCACGCUGCCCUGAACGACCGCAUAAACAUCUUGGAAUACAUUCUCGGUCGGCCCAACGCGGACCUCCGGCCGGUUGACAACGAAGGGAACACACCUUUGCAUUCAGCCUGUAUGCGCGACUCGGUGAAAGCGAUCGCGCUUUUCAUAAACCAUGACCCUGAACAACUGGAAUGUUACAACAAGGAGUUCCAAGCGCCGCUCCAUCUCGCCACUCAGCUGAACAAGGUGGGCUCUCUGAAAGCACUGUGCGACUUCAAAUCGAAAUUCGAUGUCGAGAUGCGGAGUAAACAUGGGAGGACGGCGCUGCAUUUGGCAUGCAUCUUCGACAACGCGGAGGCUGCAUUGGUUCUCUUGCGCGACCAUGGUGCUUCCCCGAAAACAACGUGCGACAACGGAUUUUAUCCGAUUCAUGAAGCUGCGAAGAAUGCUUCCGCCAACGCGAUGCGGGCCCUGCUCGAGUUCGGAGAGUCUAUCGGAUGCCCCCGAGCCGAAAUGAUGAAACUCUUCGACGCUGAGGGGAACGUGCCACUACAUUCGGCCGUGCACGCAGGUGAUUUGAAAGCGGUAGAGCUCUGUCUGGAAUCUGGCGCGUUCAUCUCUACCCAACAACACGAUCUCUCGACUCCGGUACAUCUCGCUUGCUCACAGGGCGCCAUCGAUAUCGUUCGACUCAUGUUCAGAUGCCAGCCGGAUCAGAAAAUGGGCUGUCUGACGUGUUCCGAUGCUCAGAACAUGACGCCACUCCAUUGCGCGGCGAUGUUCGAUCACGUCGAGCUCGUGGAGUACCUCGUCGACGAAGGUGCCUCCAUGAAUGCAACGGACAAAGAGGGUCGCUCGGUCCUCCUCUUGGCAGCUGCGCGGAGCGCCUGGAAGACGGUUAUGGCUAUUCUGAAGCUGGGAGCAGAUCUCAAGAGCCAACGAGAUAAUCAAGGUAGGACUCUGCUGCAUCAUAUCGUUCUCAGCGGAGGUUCGAUCGAGGAGUUCACGUCGGAUAAGGAGCGACUCGAAGAAUUCAUGCAAUUGCUCAACGAGAGGGAUAGCAGCGGUUGUACUGCGCUACACUACGCCUCUCGCAACGGACAGUUGAAGAGUAUCCAGUCCCUGAUCGUUCUGGGGGCCGCAGUGAAUUUGAAAAAUAAUGACAAUCAAUCCCCGUUGCACUUCGCCGCAAAAUACGGUCGUUACAAUACGGUUCGCCACCUUCUGGACAGCAAAAAGGGUCACUUGAUCAUCAACGAAAUGGAUGGCGAAGGAAAAACUCCUCUGCAUAUUGCGUCUCAGUGCGGUCACGUGCGAGUGGUGCAUUUACUGCUUGUGAAAGGCGCUCUGUUGCAUCGGGACCACAAAGGGCGAACUCCGCUGCAUUACGCGGCGAUGAACGGCUUCAACAACACCAUGGAACAGCUUCUUGCAGUCCAUUCUCACUUACUCGAUCAAACUGAUCGAGACGGGAAUACCGCGCUCCAUAUGGCUGCGAUGAAGAAUCGUUCGAGCACAGCUGUUAUGUUGCUGCAUAUGCAUUGCAAAGUCACCAAAAACGGCAUCGACAUGAGCCCGAUGGAUUACGCGCUCCAUUAUAAACAUUCAGAAGUCGCAAUGGCUAUGGUCACUCAUCCCACAAGGAGUGAAGAAAUCAUGAUGAGUCAAGUCAAGACCUACGGUUGUCUCGUGGAGGGACUGACCGCGGUGAUGCCGGAGGUGAUGAUGACAGUUCUCGACCGGGGGAUCUCGAAAUCGAAAAUGAGUCACGAUUCUACAGAAUAUUACGUAAAAUACAGCUUCGCAUGCCUCCAGAACUCUGAGAACGCGGACGUCGUGCCCAUGACUGACGAGCCUCUGCCAGUAAUGAACAUCAUGGUACGCUACGGCCGGGAAGAACUCUUAUCGCACCCGUUGAGCGUGAAAUAUCUCGAGACAAAAUGGAACGCCUACGGACUCUACUUCCACAUCGUCAACUUGAUGGUUUACACCGUGUUCCUGGCUUUCCUAACGUUGAACGCGGUCCAGCUCAUGCAGGACAAUAAAAAAAGACAGCGGGGAGUGUCGUCGGCGGAUGUCGCGAAUGCUUUUGCGCGACCUUCGAUCGCGACACUCUCUUCGCUGACCUCGGUCAUCGUCCUGCUGUUCGUAAUGAUCAAUGUUUUGAAGGAGGCCUUCCAGCUCAUUCAGCAAAGAACUAAAUAUUUUGUGGAUGUCAUGAACAUGUUGGAGUGGGCCUUGUACCUCGCAGCUGGACUGAUGGCGCUGUCACAACUUACGCGAACCGAAGAGAGGUCCUAUCAGAAUAUCGUGGCGGCGGUGGCAGUCUUCCUCGCCUGGUUCAAUUACUUGCUCUUUUUACAAAGGUUCAACCGGGUUGGACUCUACGUUGUGAUGUUCUUGGAGAUACUGUCCACGCUAUUGCGAGUGGUCAUGGUUUUCUCCGUGUUGAUCAUAGCUUUCGGAUUAUCUUUCCACAUCCUAUUGGCCCGUGUGGAGCUCACCACCAGGAAAGCUAUUAUUGAUCCUUACACCGGGAACCUUUCAUACGUGCUGAAUACGCUAGACGACAAAGGAUUCCAUUCCCCCCUGGUGUCUUUGAUUCGGGUCGGCACAAUGAUGUUAGGGGAACUGGAUUUUUUAGGAACCUAUCUGAGCCCUCUGAGGAAUCUCGACUCGUCCGCAUGGUACCAAAUAGUAGCCGCUACAAUGUUCCUGGUCGCCUUCAUCAUUUUAAUGCCGAUUCUCUUGAUGAACCUGCUGAUCGGUUUGGCGGUCGGCGAUAUUGAGACGGUCCGACGAAAUGCACAACUGAAGAGGCUGACCAUGCAGGUUCGUCUGCACACGGACCUGGAGCGGAAACUUCCAAGAAAAAUUCUGGCGGAGGUUGAUAAAACCGAAAUCUCCAUUUUCCCCAAUCAGAAGGGCAGCGGGAAUUUAUUCUGGAGAACGGUCAAGAGAUGGUUCGGAAGUGCUCGCAUCAAUACAGGCACUUCCGGGGCUGGGUCGAACAACAACAACCGAGCUCUCUCGAAAAGUUUCACACAACAGGUCGAAAGUCAAAUCAGUGAAGUCAACGAGCAGCUCAAUCGGCAGAAAGAGAAGAUGAGAGACAUGAGCAGGAACAUGGAGCAGCAGUUAGUGCUUCUGCGACUUAUUGUUUCUAAAAUGGACAUCAAAUCAGAGACCGAAGAAAUGGAUGAAGGCGAGUUCAAUCCGACGGCAGUUGCGUCCGACAAUGCUGAAAACUCAAGCAGCGAUGAGAAGUAG